AUGCUGCACUCUGCAAACACUGCCAGUGACCAGUAUGAGGCACAGGUUGAUGACACAGAUGAUGGCGUGUGGCAUGCAGGCGUCAUCGCUGGUGUACUCGCCCUUGUCGCCGCCACUGCGGCAUUGGGCACGCUGUGUGUGUCUCGCAGCAACCGGCGAGGCGAGAGUCGCAUCGUCUACGAGGACUCCAGCCAUACAACAGCCAUGGAAACAAACCCGGCAUACGAUGGCCCAUCGCGGCAUGCCUCCACCGUGUCCUCGCAGCAACCAUCCGACCCCGCAUCCAGACCGCCGCUGCCGCUCCCGGGACAGCAGGGCGCUGCUGUGGCCGCGACAACAGCGGAGGCAGCCCCCAGCACUUCCCCGCCACCGCCACCAACAGCAGCAGCACCGUCGCAGCCUCCGCUUGUUCCGGCGGCCAAGCCCACCGUGCGCACGCGACCCACCAGCGACCCGUCCAUUCCCCAUCUCAGCAACCCGCACACGCACACGCAAAAGCCCAAGCCUGCACAGGCCGAUGUCAUCCCGCAGGCCAAGCGGGCGCUGCCGCCAACAGUGACCGUGCGUCGCAGUCCGGCCAACGCCGCACGCGCGCCCGUCCCGCGCUCAAACACCCCGCAGCGGCCGCCGUCAACACGCGUCUCAAGCAGCGAACCAGCAGCGCCUGAGCCACCAGCGAGCACGAGCUCUGCACUGCCGCCGCGGCCCACAAAGAGGAUACCGCGUGCGAACGGCAUGCCACCGCCAAGCCUGACGCGGGGCAACAACGCAAACGCAACCAGACGCGAGUACAUGCAGCCCAACGGCGCCGCUGCAAGCAAUCACCACAACCACCAUGGCCACAGCGGCGCAGCAGGAGAUGCUCGCGAUGACUACAACACGCUGCCACCGGCACCCCCACCACGCAAGAGCGAGGACGCAGGCAUGCCCGCCCCACCGCCACGCAAGCGCUAUGCAAACGUUGAGAUUGACGUUGGCGGCAGCAGCACAACAGAUGGUGACGCACAGCACCACCACCACCACCAGCAGCUCACGUCCUCGUCCAAGGUCAACGUGCCGGACAUUGAAAUGGAUAUGAAGGACAAGCAGGUCCAGCGUGACAAGCUCACCCUCAUCGCAGAACUGGGCAAGGGGUUCUUUGGGUCGGUGUAUCUUGCGCGGUACGCGCCGGAGCAACAGCGCCCAAUGGCGGUGGCAGUCAAGGCGAUGCACACGGAUCAGGACUUUGACGAGAAGGCCAGACGCCUCUUCUUGCUCGAGGCACAAAUCAUGGCAGAGUUCUCCCACCCAAACCUCCUGCGGCUGAUUGGCGUCACAACGACGGAGGAGCCCUGGUGUAUCGUCACAGAAGUCUGCGAAUUCGGCGACCUCCUCUCCUUGCUAAGGGCGUGUGAACACAACAGCGUCAUCUUCUCCCUCGACGAGAAACUUCUGUUCCUUGCGCAGAUCUCGCUCGGUAUGAGCUACCUUGCCAGCAAGCAGUUUAUCCACCGCGACCUCGCUGCCCGGAACUGCCUCGUGGCCGGCGACGGCUCCGUCAAGAUUGGCGACUUUGGCAUGAGCAGGCUUCUGCAAACCCAAAAGGAGUACUACAGGCCAAGUGACGCUGAUGAUGCAAUGCCGAUUCGAUGGAUGGCCGUGGAGUCGCUUACGAACAUGAAGUUCAGCACGAAAUCAGACGUGUGGAGCUUUGGAGUCGUCUGCUAUGAGGUGUUCAGUGACGGCGCAACGCCGUAUGGGCCCAUGAAUCUCCUCGUCAUUCAGGCGGAGGUCGAAAGCGGCCACCGCCUCGAGCAGCCGUCCGCGUGCCCCUCAAACGUCUACACACUCAUGCGAUCCAUGUGGGCCGAUGAUCCAAACGCGCGCCCGUCCUUCCACGACGUCUACAACCAACUGUCCACGCGGUACCGUGAGGAGCGAAAGCGCACCGUGUCUGCCCGCGACCUGCCCCGCGUCAUCCGCCGUGUUCUUCGCGGCCACCUCUCUGAUGAGGACGACCCGUACAAACUCUUCAAGAAGCGCGAGGCGCAGGCCAAACAGCAACAAGCGGUUCAGCGCGUCGCAAGCACAGCUGACGAGGAUGACGAUGACGAUGAUGGAUAUAAGGACCUGGAUGGCACGCAGAUGGAAUACGUUGACGCAGCAAAGCUUCCACAGGACGUGCCGGUGCCUGAAGAGCCGAAGCCACAGGGAUAUGUGUUCAAUUCCUUGUCGCGACCGGCAGCAGAGCGCAUGCUGCUGUCCCAGGGCCGCCAAGAAGAUAUCCAAGGCCUGUUUCUGCUUCGGCCCGCGAGCAACAAGCGCGACCUGUCGCUGUCCGCCGUGCAGCAUGACGCUGUGAUGCAUUUCCGUGUACAGGCAACCAAGAACCGGACGUACAAGAUUAUGGGCGGGGUGUACUCGAGCCCCGAGGAUCUGGUGAUGCGAUUGCGAAUGUCGCGCAAGCUUGGGAUUCCCCUCGGUGAAUACAUCACAAAGUUCAACCAGGUCGUCUGAGCAGCAGCACCAACUCCUGCAUGCGUGCGUGCGUCAAUUGUUGCACCGCCAACCCGUGCACCUUUACUUCGCUUUGCCUCUAUUCUAAUCGCCACGCAAACCUGUACUUGCUUCAAGGUGUCUCCGUCUGUCUCCUUGUCGUGCGUGGAGUCUAUUCAGUGUAGCGGCGCCCUUGUUGCUGUGAUGUAGACUGUUGUGAUUGUCCUUAAGUGCUGCCAUUUCCUGUGCUUGUUCCUUCACAUCGUGCUAUCUGUCCUGCCCUGCCCACUGAUUUGUUGAGACUGCUUCCGCCCGAUAUGUAGAUGACAAUUUGUAGAGUUACAUUACAGUUAAACAACGACA